AUGCAAUAGUGUAAUUCCAUCCAGAAAAUACUUGCGCUGCAAACUUCACAAAUAACAUGAAACUUCUAACAAAAAUAAACACCCAUGUAAUUUUUCAUCAGUGUAAGUACGUCACCUUCAUCGCAGUCUCAUUCUGGACACACUUACUGCCGCCGGGGACUCAAUUCGAUUCGUCACGAAAAUUAGAAGCAUCUCGUACCUGAACCCCGUACAGUAAAAGUGUAUGUAUGGUGACUGGCAACUUGGAGCGAAGUUCGCAGAAAUAAGAGCAAGGGUCAAAGCAACUUCUAACAAACAUCUGCACGUUUGUUGGCAAUGUUUUAAGAGAUCCUCAAUACGAUAAAAGUUAUUUGCAGACCUGUGCGGCGGAACUGCCACAUCCAAGGGAGUGGGACAUCCAUAGAUCCAAAAACUAGGUGUCUCAGCGCACGUUACAUGUGUUCCGCCCCUAACAAUAAAAUGCUCAUUCCGCUUCUGGUAGUAGUCGUUUGGAUUCCACCCGGUAUGUCUCUCACCGAUCAACUUCGUGCCUUUGGGGCUAACGUUACCAAUGUUUUGGACAAUAUGUUGUCACCAGCCAGCUAUAAUAAAAAUAUUCGGCCCAACAUCAAAGGCAAUCCUGUGACCAUCUCGGUAAAUAUGUACAUCAAAAGUAUUGGAGCUAUUUCUGAUAAUGAUGAGGAAUUCACGAUGGAUCUUUAUUUUCGUCAGUCUUGGCUCGAUUCUCGCCUUAAAUUUCGACUUCACGGCGUUGAAGAGAUAUCAAUGUCUUGGCUCUUCGUUGACAAAGUGUGGAAACCAGAUACGUUUUUCAUGAACGGAAAGAAAUCCAGCUUGCACAAGAUCACCUCUCCCAAUAAAUUCGUCCGGCUUCGAAAAAAUGGCUACCUAACUCUUUCAAUGAGGUUGACCGUCUCUGCAUCAUGCAAAAUGCAUCUUCGAAAAUUUCCGCUCGACACACAAAACUGUUCCCUCCUAAUCGGAAGUUUUGCGUAUGCAAGUUCGGACAUAAUUUAUAAGUGGUCCGCGGAUGGAGAACCGGUGGCAACAGAACCAGGAAUGGAGAUGGCUCAACACAGUUUAAUCGCAACUAAAAUUCAGAAAAACUUUCUCGUAAAAAGAGACACAGACGAAUACCACGUGAUUCGAGCGAAUUUCAUAUUCCAGAGGAGCAUUGGGUUUUUCGUGCUCCAGGUGUAUGUGCCAUGCGCUUUGAUCAUCUGCUGUUCGUGGGUAUCCUUUUGGAUCAAUCCAGAUGACGUUCCAGCAAGAAUUCAGCUUGGGGUGAUUCCUGUACUCUCUAUAACUACAAUCGGUUUUGGAAACCGGUCUGCCUUACCAAAAGUAUCUCACGCCACGGCUCUCGAUUGGUAUCUGAUACUGUGCUUUGCGUUUGCCUUCGGAGUUAUCCUUGAGUAUGCUUACAUCAACUUUGUUAACAAAAUUUACACCGACGGUCGUAAAGUUUACGAAGCCGGAAAAAUCCUUGUCAAAGUUGUCGAAUCUAUUACAAAAUGUUCUCAUCACACUCCAACUGAGCGCGAAGAUGAAGUGUAUGAAAUAAUGGGAAAAUUUCAAGAGUCAAAACAGACUCAUGUACAUCUUCGGCUGAAAGAAGAAGAGGAGGAUGAUGUGGUAAUAACUAAAGAUGAAACACAACUUGGUGCGGUCGAUGAGACGGAAACAAAAGUAAAUAUGGAGUCAAAAUCUGAAAAACAGCAGCCCGUUUCUUUGGACUUCAUUGAUCAAGAGCCCAACGAUAUUCCCAAAAUCUCUCCCACUGAAAAUGGAAACGAAUCUGAGAGAAUUUUUUUCUCGACGUUUAAAAUGGUAAACUCGGGCAUUUCGAUUUCUUGGGUAGAAAAAUUGAGGAAAAUGACCCUCUUCCAACUGUUGAGGAAAAGAUUGCAAGCUCCUGUAAAAUUUUGGCGCAGUGUGAAAAUUCUUCCAGACGAAAGUGAUAUCAUUCGAAAAAUUGAAGAGAAAAAUCCUAAAAAAUUCCCCAACAUUGACAUUAAAUCUCGAGUUAUUUUCCCAGCCUGCUUUUCGAUGGCAAUAACUUUGUAUUUCAUUUCAUAUUUUUAUGUUAUAGCUGAUAAUAGCGUUGACUUUAAUGAGCUCGUUUAAGUACCUAUUUGGUGAAGGUAUCAAAAUAAAAUACUGUGUUCUCCUAAGGUUGUACCUAAAA